UGUAUAUAUACGCAAAGUCUUGUCCCGAGGUAUUGUGUAAGCGAGCGAGCGAGAGAGCGAGGAUCUGCACCCAAAGGAUCACUCCGCGCGACCGCUCUCUUUCUAUCAAACAAUGACGGGCUCGAGGCUCGCGUCGCUGUUUCGUCUGCCGAUAUGGCUGCUCGUCGGGCAGGUUUCGUGCGGCUCGAUCGCCGCGUGGUGGAACGGCCGAGGACCCAGCUUCAUAAUGCAGGACGACGAGACCGGUGGGCUACGCUAUAGCCUCUGCAAUGGGAACUACACACCUAUCUUCCCGGACGACAGGACGCUCACGGCACUCUUCAAGAACUACCCGCCCAAGAACAAGACGAGCCUGUCCGCGGCGGGAUGGGUGAAUGAUGACACCGCCUGGGCGUCAAUCUUCUUCCUAACUGAAGAUGACGAGAUCGUCAAUUCGCUGCUCGAGUGCGACUGGGGCACGGGGCGCUGGCAGAGCGCCGGCCAGUGGAUCAUCUCGGAGGGGUCGCCCAAGGUGGCGCCUGACACCGGUCUGUCCACCGUCCUACUCGGCGCCGAGGACGGGUACCGCGUCUUCUACAACGACCUCGCCGGCACGCUGCACCACAUCGGCUACACACCAAAGGCCGCUACCUGGCGCUAUUACGGCGCCGUCUCUCACGACCGCGCUGACGGCCCCGCUAUCGCCGCAACCUUCUCCCCGAAGAACAACAUUACCGUUGUCCGUCCCCGGGACGAAAAGAACAUGGGCGUCUCGCGCUUAUCUAGGGAGGGUCAAUGGAAUAUAGCGACCUUCCCGCAGCCCCUAGUUCAACCGGGCCAGCAGCUGACGACCAACGCGACAACGGCCUCGAACCUGCGGCUUAACACAUCCUCGGCCGCGCCCUUCAUCCUACCGUCGUGGAAUGCGACCUUGGCAAGCGCGGGCGCGGGCUCGCUCGCCAUCGCCGUCGAUGCACAGUACACGCGGAGCAUCUUCUAUAUCGGGGCGGACCGGCGGCCGCACCGCGUCGGCAACCAGAACUUCACGUGGCGCUCCUUUGACCCACCCGCCGACUCCGCCGCCUGGCCUGCCGCCGACCAACCCGCAUCCCAGCUCGCCGUCGCGAGUGACUUCGCUUCGAGCGCGCUCCGCCUCUACUACGUGAGUGGGGGCCGUGUCAUCGAGGCCAUCGGCGACGGCGGCGUGUGGCGCGCCGCUGCCGCUGUGCCCGCCGUCAACGAGAGCAGCAUCGCAACCGAGACCCCAUCGUCGACUGCCGUGCCGACAAGCGGCGACGCCCCCAACGGUGGUGGUGGUGGUCUUAGCGAGGGCGCCAAGGCUGGCAUCAGCGUCGGCGUGACGCUCGGCGUGAUCGCCCUCGGUGGCAUGAUCGCCGUAUUGUGGUUCCUACGACGCCGUCAGCGGAAGCGGGACGCGGAGGCUGCCGCUGCUGCCGCUGCUGCCGCCACCAAAGGAGGCGCCGGUGGCGAGGCAGGAGGAGCUGAGUACCAGCAACCGCAGCCGUACAUGAGCCCGAUGAGCGGGUACGUCGUGCCGACGCCAGGCAGUGGUAAUAACAGUAUGCGAGGCGGGUAUGCGCCUAUUCCGUCGCCGGCGCAGGCUGUCUUCGCGGCCGCCGUCGGUGGCGCGCGCCCUGGAUCGGAAAAAGGGCACCAAUCGCAGCCGUCACCAGGGAGCGUAAGCGCGGGCGGGAUGACAUUCUCGCAGCAGGAUGGAGGUUGGGUGUACAACUCGCCGGCGCCGGCACCGACGCAAUUCCCGAACCACGGCCAGCCGUACGCCGGAAGCCCACAGUACGAAUAUCACCAGCCACAAGAAUACUACCAGCCCACCCAGCAACACCCGCAGCCGCAGGAGAUGCCCAUGCCGCAGCGGCCCGCGGAGAUGAUGGGCGAGGGUCACUACAAGGAAGUCCCGUGAGAGAGGGAGAGUGGAGCCGUCGGCACGGGACAGACACCGCCGGUAUGUCGCGAUAACGACAAACCGUGCCCAGCCUAUAUGCGAUGCCUGCCUAAAUAUAUAAUUUGGUAGAUAACACACACAUAUACAUACAUAUACAUACUCGUAAUGGAGAAGGAAAGAUGUGGAAGAAUUAGAAUGUAGAAGUGGAGGUGCCGGCAGGAAAACCGGACGGGUUGUUGGUGGGAACGAGG